AUGACCACUGCCAGAAACGAAAGGAAGCCCCUUAUCAUCAAUGCCUUUGCCAUGGCCACCAGUGGCCACCAAUCUCCAGGACUAUGGAAACACCCGGAAGACAAGUCUCCUGAGUACAACACCAUAGAGUACUGGACCAACUUGGCGGAGUUGCUAGAGCGUGGCAAGUUUCACUCGGUCUUUUUUGCCGAUGUCUUGGGCGGGUACGACGUGUACAACGGACCGCAGAACAUUACAGCCGCUGCCACAUCAGGAGCGCAGUGGCCUGUGAAUGAGCCCAGCGCGGUGGUGGCAGCCAUGGCCGCGGUUACCACCAACUUGUCGUUUGGAAUUACGUUCAGCACCAUCAGCGAAGCGCCUUACCACUUUGCUAGAAGAUUGGCCACCUUGGAUCACCUAACUGAAGGCAGGGUGGGUUGGAACGUUGUCUCGUCCUACUUGGAAAGCGGCUCCCGAAACUUAUUGAACGGCGCUGCGUUGCCUCCGCACGAGGAAAGGUACCUCCACGCGGAGGAGUAUCUCCAGGUGGUUUACCAGUUGGUUUUGGCUUCCUGGCGGGAUGACGCUGUGGUCAAAGAUAGAAAGACGGGUGUCUAUUCCGAGCCUAGCAGAAUCAGAGAAAUCAACUUCGAAGGAGAGUACUUUAAGGUUCCCGGUCCCAACAUCACCGAGCCUACCCCCCAGCGACUUCCGGUAAUCCUACAGGCCGGUACCUCCAAGGCAGGCAUCAACUUUGCUGCCAAGAACGCCGAAGCGGUGUUUCUUGCGGCCUUCACUCCCGAAAGUUUGCGAGAGAAGAUCAAGGAGAUCCGCAGAGUGGCAGCUGAGAAGUACGGAAGAGAAGACGAUGCUGUGAAAGCUAUCCAGUUGAUUACCACCGUCAUUGCUGAAACACACGAAGAAGCUGAGGCAAAGUACGAGGAGUAUAAAUCGUACGGCGACUUAGAAGGUGCACAAGCAUUACUCAGCGGGUGGUCUGGGAUCGACUUUGGAAAGUACGGGUACGACGAGGAGCUCGGGGAUGUGGAAAGCAAUGCGGUAAAGUCCUUCGUGGAGGCCUUGACCCAGAAAGCCACCGGUGAGCCAGAGGGACUCAGAAAGACUCGGGAAUAUCUUGCAAACAAAGUCACCAUCGGUGGGGUAGGUCCGGUGAUUUUUGGAACUCCAGUUGAGGUUGCCGAUGAGCUUGAGCGUUGGGUAGACAUUUCGGGUGUGGAUGGAUUCAACUUUGCUUACGCUGUGUCUCCGGGGAGUUUCGAGACGAUUGUGGACUUGCUCCUCCCAGAAUUGAGACUCCGAGGCUUGGCCUGGGAGGAUUACCCAGCAAGUAGCACUUUCAGGGAAAGCAUCUUUGGCAAUGGGGGAAUAGAGCCUGGAUUUGUGAGACCGUCCCACCCAGCCUACGGUUUACGAUGGAGAGCUGGUGUCACUAGAAAAGAGUUUGAGCAGAGCUUGGAAGAGGUUAGGUUAAAGUGGGAGGAGGCUUCAAAUAGACUGAUAUAG